AUGGCUGGACCGAAAUGCGGCAAUCCGGACGGUGUCGUUCAAAUCUUGAGUGUCACAACAGGGUCAAUCAACCUCUUCACCGAUAUAUAUCUACUUGUCCUUCCAUUACCUGCUGUGUAUGAUCUCAGUCUUCCGAGAGCGCGAAAGGCUGGAGUUAUGGCCAUAUUUUUGACGGGAUCGGUAGGCUGUGUAAUGAGCGCUAUCGCUCUAUACUAUCGUAAACGCACUUAUGGCGGCGGUCGCGUAACUCUGUGGAACACUGACAUCACGUACGCAAACAACCCAAUUAUGACCGUUACGAUUAUCGAGUCUGCAGUUGGCAUUAUGAUUCCGUGCAUGGCAUCAUGCGCUAAGGUUUUCAAGCUUUAUUCAAGUUCACUAAGCUCCUUCAUGCCUUCAAGGUUUACGGGUUUCCGACGAACGCCAUCCAACGAUGGUAUAUUCAGAGCUUCACAGGAGCUGCAGCGUCUGCCGGGAAUCUCAGAGCAACCACAUACGGAUACCAUCGAUAGGAUGUUAAUGCAAUUCAAGCAUGACGAGCACAAUAACGAUAGCUUCUCCCAGGAUAGCCAAAGUAGCAAGACAAGCCGGAUCUCCACCUGA